AUGGUAAAAUCAACUACUCCGUACGGCACCUCGUCCGAAACAAUCAUCCAAAAUAGACAUCGAUCGACAGAACAAACUGAACUUCAUCCUAGAUAUAUUGGAGAUAUGAGUACACUUCCAUUCCUUGCUCAGAAAUUCAAUUUUGAAGAUAGUCGAUUUGCUUUACCAGAUGGGAUUAAGAUUCGACGAUUUGGUCAAAGUUUAGUUAUAUACGAACAAGGUGAUAAUCUGAAUGGUCGGACACCAAAUCAAAUAGUCGUGGAAAAGUUGGGUAUAUUGAAACCUGGUGAACCUGUACGUGAUGUAGAUGAAUGGAUUUUUAAAGUAGCUAAUAUUACAAAAACAACAAGCGAUCGACUUAUGAAAGUAUAUUUUGCCUAUAUUCAUCCUGGUUUACCUGUUGUCAACAAAACCUUAUUUUUGAAUCAAUACCGUGAUCUGGCUGAUGAUUUUCCUUCUGCACCUUUAUUGAAUGCUAUGUAUGGUGCUGCAACUCGUUAUAUUGAAACAUGUCAACUUUUUGGAGACCUAAAAGCCGUUACUGAUGCAUUUGAUGAAGACGUAUCGGAUUGGCAAAUCCCUGAAGGUGGUUCUGAAAGAUUCUUUGACAAUUUGAUCACAUAUGUUCGAGGUCGAUAUUCUCCAAGUAUUGCUGUCAUUCAAGCUUUGAUCAUUGCUCAAAACCAUCGUGCAAGUUUAGAUGCGAAGAUGACUGGAAGUUGGCUCAUUAACGGUGCUGCGAUUCGAAUGGCUCAAGAUCUAGGAUUACAUAGAUCAACUGAAACUUGGCAAAUUACUGAAGGUGAAAAAGAAACUCGACGACGUGUUUGGUGGGCUGUAUAUAUUAUGGACAAAUGGUCAGCAGCAUCUACUGGUAGACCACAGACGAUUUUUGAUGAAGAUUGUGAUGAAAGUUAUCCUAACGAAAGUGCUUCUUGGGAAGAAGUGAUGGAUACGGCUUCAAAUGUGGAUGAUCAUCAACCCCGAUUCCCUUCUUUGGAAAAAUCAGUGGCUCAAAAAGCAAAAGGCGAACGAAUUCCAAUUUAUCAACCCUUUGUACAAUUGAUCAAGCUCUCCGAAAUUUUGGGUCAUGUUUUACAAGGUCUUUAUACUCCAAGGGCCAAGAAAUAUAGUGCUGAACAUGGAAGUGAUGCUAUUGUAUCUUAUCUUGAUAAAGCAUUAUCUGAUUGGCGUGCGGCUUUACCACCAACAUUACAAAUUUCUGGAACAAACUUACGAAAACUGGAUUCUCGAGGAAGAACUCCUUUACUUUCCAUGUCUGGCUUGAUGUAUCUUUCUUACUGUACUUUACUUAUUUUGUUACAUCGACCAUUUAUCGAAAAAGAAGGUGGUGAAAAAACCAAAUCAUCCGUGUCCUCUCUCUCCAUUUGCAUCUCUGCAGCAACUCGAUGUGUAGAUGUGGCAGAUUCUAUGCAUUUCCGGGAUUUCUUACUUGUGUCAUGGAACUUCGCCAUUUAUCACGUGUUUACUGCCUCGUUGAUUCAUAUUCAUACAGCUUCUCAUGCUGGUAGUGUAGUCUCUGAUGUAGCAAAAAGUGAUCUUAUCAAGUCAGUUCGUGUGGUAAAACGCUUAUCAAACAUGUCUGCAGCAGCUUGUCAAAUCCAUCAAGUACUUUUACGUUUAAUG